AUGAUCAUAAAUACCUACCUCAAUUCCAUCCAGAAAUCUGAUUUGCGCUAUUUAUCACGGGAUGAAUUAUUAUGUUUGAUCGAGAAAUUUAUUGAAGCUGUUGAUAAUUGUGAUGAUUCGUUGGACUCUGUCGCUAAUACUUCGUUAGAUGUCGCCAAUCCACUGUUUGAAUCACUCGUCGCUCAGCACGACUUAUUACUCAGAACAUUAUAUCAUCAAUACCAGUCCAAGACCAAUUUACUUGAUUUAGCAUAUCUUUCUCCGCAAUCAAGCGCACCUUCGUCACAAGCUUUUGUCAGCAAUCGUUCCACACAAUCUCGAUUUAAAAAGUUUCGCUCAUCACCAACAAUACAAAGCAAUCGUAGUCCUUCGUCAAUUUCUUCUUCGGAUAGUAUUACAUCAUCCAAUCAUGAUAUUAAUGAUACCGCUGCCAGGUCUAACAACUCUAAUUUGUAUGCUGCUGUUGUUACCUCAUCGCCAAUACCGCUUACAUCCUUAGCAGAUAUGAAUUCAAGUAAAAAAUCUGGUAGUACCAGCUCUAAUUCUAAUUUACUCUCUACAAAAAAUACGUUUAUCCAUCCGCCGCCUGUUUUGGUCAUUGUAACAGGGUCUAGUAUCACUCAAGAUCUCGAACCCGAUGCAGUCAACCUAAACAACAAACCGUACCGUUUCUUAAUCAGAACAAAGAGCGGCUGUACUAUAGAACAAAUGACGGAAUUUAUACAGGAUAAACAUUUUCAACCAUGUCCUCAUUUUGUUAUGAAUAUUGGCACAAUUAACUUAAAAUAUGACGAUCCUGGUGUUGCAAUAAAUAAAACAAAAUUACUCGUCCAGUCAUUCAAAAAAUCCUAUCCUUAA